UUAAGUAAAACGUUGCGUUUUGGUCCGUUCGGGUUCUUGUACAUUCCAAUUUCUUCCACCGAAGCAGCGAAACUCCAAUGGCGGGCUCAGUCUGUUUGAGCUUCUCACUGGUCCUUUCUGUCCCACGAACUUCACUCAAGGACAUAUUUUGCAGAAAAGCAGCUCGUGGUCGUGUUGCAAGCCAAUCCACCGGCAUAACAGCGACAAAGCUUCUUAUGCCAUGUGGGUCAAAUAAAGGAAAAUAUUCUGCAAAUUGGAGGUCUCAGCAUCAUUUACCAGCACCCAUAAACCAUUUUGGUGAACUUAUCUCUUGUUGUUUAAAUUUUAGCUCUUGUACACAUAUGGUGAUAAUUGGUUAUUGGGUGGGACCUGAUGUUGAUGAUGGUUGGGGAUUUGUGGACGCCUUUAUUAGUCAAAUUACUUGAUUCUCUUUUAGAUGCUCAUGAAAUAAUUAUCUGCACGGAUUCUUUUGCUUAGUGAAGCUAAGUGAAGUAGAACGGCUGGACAAUGAAUUGUUUAGGGAUGGAGUACCUUUAAGAUAUAUUCUCGAGGAGAGUGCGUCUUUAUUAUAAAAGUUUUGUAGCAUAUUUAUUCCUUUUGCA